AUGACUACAGCAAAAGAAAGCGAACGGAAUUACAGCCAAUUUGCAUGCAUUGGUUCUGGCUUUUCGGCCAUUGCGCUGGGCGCGACACUUAAACGAUGGUACGGCAUUGCCGACAUACGGUUCUUUGAACGGCACAGUGAACUGGGUGGAACAUGGUUCACAAAUACGUACCCAGGCGCUGCUUGCGAUGUGCCAAGUGCACUCUACAGCUUCUCCUUCGAGCCCAACCCAAACUGGUCUCGGAUUUUGCCCUCUCAAGAUGAACUUUGGAAGUAUCUGAAAGGAGUCGCUGACAAGUACGGGCUACCGCCAAAGAUGACUUUCGGUGUUAAUGUCGAAAAAUGCGAAUGGGUCGAGCGCAAAAAGCGAUGGGUAUUACAUAUUCAUCACUCCAAGACGGGCCACGUCUUUCAUCACGAAUGCAAAUUCCUCUUUGCAGGGGCUGGCCAGCUUGUUACACCUCGAGAGAUUGAUAUCCCCGGCUCUGAAAACUUCAAAGGUCCUAUCUUCCACUCUUCUAAAUGGAGGAACGAUGUUGAUAUCGUGGGUAAGAAGAUUAUUGUCAUUGGCAAUGGUUGUACCGCUGCCCAGAUUGUCCCAUCUAUUGUUGAUAAGGCAAAACAUCUGACCCAAAUGAUCCGUGCUAAGCACUGGAUCCUGCCACCCAUCGAUGGAGUGUACACUGAUGCUAUACGACUGCUUUUUAAGUAUAUACCAGGCAGCAUGUCGAUACAACGACUCAUCAUCUUUUUGGCGGCUGAGAAUGAGUUGAGGGGGUUUCCCAUGACUCCAUCUGGUGCCAGGUUUCGCCAGAAACGCCGCGCUCAGGCUGAGGACUACAUGAAGAAGCAUGCUCCCGCUAAAUAUCACGAAAUCUUAAUUCCGGAUUUCGAGGUCGGUUGCAAGAGGCGGAUCUUUGACUCUGGCUACCUUGAUUCUCUUCAUUCUAAGAAUCUAACCCUAACCAACGAAUCUGCCUUGAAGAUUAUCGAGGGUGGAAUUGAGACGGACCGUGGUUUCAUAGAAGCUGAUGUCAUUGUGUUGGCAAAUGGCUAUGUCACCAACACAUUCCUUGGAGGCAUUGAGAUUGUUGGACGGAAGGGAACGUUAACCCAGCACUGGGAGUCAUUUGGUGGAGCUGAGGCCUACAACUGCUCCGCUAUGAGUGGAUUCCCCAACUUCUUCAUUCUAUUGGGCCCUAAUGCUGCAACGGGCCACACUUCGGCUAUCAUGGCUGCCGAAAACAGUAUUAAUUACGCGUUGCGAAUACUCAAGCCCGUGGUUAACAGCCCAGAAGGAGUCGUCGAGCUUGAUGACGACGCCGAAAAGCGUUAUGUCGACCGGAUCCAAAAUGACCUCGCCAAGACUGUGUGGAACUCUGGGUGUCAAAGCUGGUACAUUCAAACCAACACGCAGGCGAACCGCACAUGGAAUGCCAUGAGUUACCCAUACUCUCAGGCAUAUUUUUGGUAUAGGAGCUUAUUCCCCGUUUGGGGUGAUUGGAAAAUUACUAUACUUGCCUUCUAA